AUUCAUCAAACGUAUUUGACAACUUCCAUAUUUUUCUUAAAAUUUUUCGAAAAUGUUCGCCUCGUGUUCGAACACCAUACGUGUUAACUCCUGGCCUUCUGAACUGCUUAAAGAAAAUUCCGAGUUUAUACCCCCUAGCGAUACGGAAAUAUCCCACAUUUCCUGGUGCAAUGACAAUUCCUACAUGGCUAUCCUUCAACAGGGUGAAAGACCGCAAAUCUUGUCUACCAGGGACCUGAGUAACAUCCGGACAGUGCACACUAUCAACGACCACCAAGUCUCAUCCGUGGCCUUCAAAAAAGGCACGAAGAAACAUUUAGCUAUGGGUACCAAGAAUGGUGAAGUCAUGAUUUACGACACCAAGCUGAGAACUGUUUCAAGGAAAUUCGCGAAGCUGGUGAGUCCGAUAGAGAUCCUCGAAUUCAGCCACGACGACCUGCAAUUAGCGGCGCUCUGUGAGGACGCUGCAGUGGUUUUCUGCACAGAAGCCGAUGGAAAAGUGAAUAACGAGUACAAGCACAGCGCCAAAGGCAGUUGCGUAAAGUUUCACCCGUCCACUUCCAACAAAAUGGCAGUCGGUUGUUUCAACGGUUACGUAACCAUCUGGGACACCAAAACGUAUUCGAAGAUGUACAACUGCCAGCUCCAUUCGCAGCCCGUGACAGGCAUAAGCCUCUCCAGGAACGGAAAUUUCCUAAUAUCCACCGGAAAAGACCACAAGGUGUGCGUGACCGAUCUGAAUUCCGGCGAGAGCAAAUUCAGGAUCAAUUUGAACGUCCCCGUUAACUGUGUCGAUUUGAGUUUCGACGAUAAAAUCUUCGUGGUCGGCUUGGAAGACGGCAGCGUGUACGUUUACGACAUGAACUUCGCCGAGCAGCCCUUGGAGUGUCUUCGGCAGCACAACACGCCCGUGAACGACGUUUCCUUCGCAAAUUCCUUCAAAGACGCGGUUGAGGACGAGUCAACCAUCUCUACUGUGACGACGGUGCAAGAUCGCAUUUCCGAAAUGAGGAUGACGAGCCCAAAAACGGCGUUCACGGACAAUAGCGCCGACAGUCUGAAGAAUCUUAGACGGGAAGUGAUGCAGAGCAUGAAGAACCAGGCAGAAGAUCUGGAGAGUCAGUUGCAGGAGCACUGCAAGAAAUUCCAGGCGUUCAUCAAUAACGAAUUUAAGAUGAUAAAUGACCUCAUGAAGGAUAAGUGGGAGCUCUUCGGAACUGGAGACGUCAACAGGCUGUUUCAGGGCACUGAAAGCGAUUAUUGCGAUGUGGGAAAACAUUGAGCCAUUGUUAUUCUUCUUUGAUUAUCACAUAAUAAAUUGUAGUUUUGUCUCUGUUUC